AUGCCUUUGCCACCGACUGCUGCAGUGGCUUCACAUAGCGUUGAAAUGGCUCACCCUUGGCUUGCAUGGCGUCUGGCGAGUUACGCUGCCCAGCUUUGUAUUGCAGCGGGAUUCCAUGACGAAACGUACAUGACGAAGGAUGUCAAAGAAACAAAGGAUACGAAAGUCCUCUUGUUUUGGCACGUCUAUGCUAUGGAGAAGGGGUUGGCAUUACGCUUGGGCAGAUCAUCUUUGAUUCGGAAUUGCGACAUCACCUUACCCUGCGACAUGGCAUCUCUUGCCUUACCGAAGCCCUGGGAUGUAAUUCUUCCUUUUUGGGUAUGGAAUGCAUCGAUGCACGACAAACUGUAUAAGUCGUUGUACAGUCGAACCGCUAUCAAGGCGCCAGAUGAAGCUGUUUUCAAGUCGGCAGAUGACCUUCUCGCUGAAUUGGUAGCAGUGGAGCCCAACGAGAAGGACACCAACAAAGGAAACUUGGAGAGAUUAGGAAAUGUCCUUGCAGCCUCUCGGAAAGUCCUCUACUACACGACAGCCACUCUGAUAUCAAGGGUUAAAGUGAUCCGUGCACCAAACCCUACGUUGCCUCCGGAUUGCGUUGAAUAUGCCAAAGCUGCGAUACAUGCCCACCACGACUGCAUGUCCAUGAUGAACGGCCAUCGCCAUGUCAUGAACAUUUACCUUCAUUGGAGCAUUAUACAUGCACCAUUUGUUCCUGUGUUGGUGUUGUUCUGUGAGGUGGUUAGCAGACAAGAUGCUGAAGCUCUCCAACUGCUCGAACACUUUGCUAAGAGCCUAGAGUUGACGACCGAUCUUUCGCCAUCAGCACAGGAAUUCUACGAGAUGACUCAGAAUUUGUGUCAGGUUGCAAAACUGCAAAUGGAGUCCAGUGUGGAAACGGCUCUGGAGCUAUCCCUUUCAUUAUCUACAAGCAGUCUAAGUCAGUACUUUGCAGCAAGCAUGUUGUCAGUUGCAGGGGAUGAGAAUGUAGCAAUACAUCUGCCCAGUGAGCAGAUGGAGUUGAUGUUCGGUGGUCAUAAUGUCAUGGAUUUCCAUAAUGAGUUUUAA